AUGUUGGCCCGUUGCGUUAGUUACCAAGGCUCUUGCGAUAACAUCAAUGGCAUUCUGACGCGCGACUAUGCAAAGAUUUAUACAGACUGGGCCAACUAUUAUUUGGAGCGUGCCAAAUCGAAACGAAAGGUCACUGAUCUUUCGGCAGAUUGUCGCGAUGGUCUGCUCCUGGCUGAGGUCAUUGAGGCGGUUACCAGCUUUAAGGUUCCCGAUCUCGUGAAGAAACCCAAGAGUCAACAGCAAAUGUACGACAACGUCAACGCGUGCCUGAAUGUGCUCAGGAGUCAGUCGGUUGGUGGCCUGGACAAUAUAACCACCAAUGACAUUUGCGCUGGACGCUUGAAGGCUGUGCUUGCCUUGUUCUUUUCGCUAAGUCGCUAUAAACAGCAAGCGAAGCAAACUAAAUCCAUUGAUUUGCGAUCAUCAACAGCAAGCAAUUUCCAAGAGAAACAGCAACAGGAGCAGCAGCAACAACAACAGCAGCAGCAGCAGCAGCAACAGCAGCAACAACAAACGCCACAGCAAUUGGCGCAAAGUCUAGAGAACGGCAAUGAGAUGGUGAAUCGGCGGCGCUGGUGGAGGCAACCCGCCACGGUCAUGGUGCAGCGACGCAACAUGGACAAGGUGCGUCCGCUGCCGCCCACUCCCAAUCACACGCCAUCGAUUCCAGGCUUGGGCAAAAGCGGCAGCGACUUUAAUGCAAGUCGACCAAACAGUCCGCCCAGCAGCAAUCACACCAUACAGAGUCUGAAGAGCAACAACAAUAGUUUGCGUCCUCCGAGCAUUAAGAGCAGCCAUCAGAGCGGCAUACCGUCGCCCAGCAGCUUAAAUGCCACGCCCACUGCCACAGCACCACAGAAGCACUCAAUGCUGGACAAGCUUAAGCUCUUCAACAAGGAAAAGCAGCAAAGUGUGAGCAACGCCGCAAGCAAAACGCAAAUUCAAGCCAAACGCACUUCCAGCUCUUCGGGCUUUAGCUCAGCGCGCUCGGAGCGCUCCGACUCGAGUCUAAGUCUAAAUGAUGGCCACAAUUCGCAGCUUAAGCCGCCUAGCAUCAGCGUCAGUGCGCAGAAAUCUCAGCAGAAACAUAAUACAAAGCAGUCCAAGCUGCUGGCAGCGCAGCAGAAGAAAGAGCAAACCAAGUCUGGCAAGCUGGACAAGAAGGAAAAGAGUCCAGCGCGCUCGUUGCAUAAGGAAGAGCUGCAGCAGCAUUCGGGCAACGAAUCACGCAGCUCGACAAUGGGCAGAGCAGGCAAAAGCAGCUUGGGCAAUGCCAGAGCCACCUCCAAGUCCUCGCUGCAUUCCAAGUCCGAUUCGCGCAGCUCACUCAAGAGCAAAGCCAAAUGUCAAUCGCAGCUGCUGCACAGUCCGAAUGGCACGAGCUUGCCCAAGCCCAUUGCUGCCAUUAAAGGCACCAGCAAGCUGCCACAGCCCGGUGGCGCCACAGAGCCGCUCAAACGCGAGCACAGCGACAUAUCCGCCAGUCAAGGCACUCAAACCAGCAACAUAUCCCAGCAGCAACAGCAAGAGCAACAGUCCACACAUAUCCUUAAGGCGCCGCCACCUUACUACGCAAAUGCACCACCGCCCGCACCACCAAACGCUGCACUCAGCUGCUCGCCCUCGAGCUCUCACAUAUCAGCCGCCCUCGGCGCUGGCUUUGCCGGUUAUCUCAGCGAGCCCAGCACGCCGCAACAUUGCGGCAUCUAUGGGAGCAGCAGUCGUCUGCCCCCACCCAAAAGCGCUUUGAGCGCUCCACGCAAACUCGAGUACAAUGCUGGGCCUCACAUCUUGGCCUCGCCGCCAGCGCGUCCGCGUCCCAUGCACAAUUCGGCACCCAACACGCCCACCGCCUCGCCCAGCAAAUUUCACACCAUACCCUCGAAAAUUGUCGGCACCAUCUACGAGUCCAAGGAGGAGCAGCUGCCACCUGUGCCCAGCAGCAACGGCUCCUCGGUGCUGCCCAUGCGUCCACUGCUGCGUGGCUACAACUCGCAUGUCACGCUGCCCACGCGCGGCACACGCGGCGGCCAUCCGCACGCUCUGCCCCAUCAGUCCUACUUGGACUUUUGCGAAUCGGACAUUGGGCAAGGCUAUUGCAGCGAUGGUGAUGCUUUGCGCGUGGGCAGCAGCUCCGCAGCCAGCAGUCGCUAUCACGACAUUGACAAUGGCUAUCUAUCCGAAGGCAGCAGCGGACUAGGCCACAGCGCCGGAGGAGGAGGAGGAGGAGGCGGGGGCAAGCAUUUUCUCAGCAUGAUGCGCGCACGGCAACUGCCAACGACUAUCGAAGAACGCAUUCGCAGCAGUCGCGGCUCUCUCGAUAGCAUUGGCACCGCUGCCAACGGCAGUUCGGCGGCCAGCCAGGCCAGCUCCAGCGGCGGCUCUAGCGGCACCAACAGCAACAGCAACAACAACAAUAAUAACAACAACAACAACAAAAUGGAUGGCAGCCCACAUCAUAGACCAGGCUCACGGAAUGGACGCGAUAAUUGGAGCAAAAUGCCGGAGCCACUCAAUGGCCACAAGGCGGAUAAGUCAGUGGACAAAUGCUCACCGUCGCGACGCAGCAUGGGCGGUGGGAGUGGCAGCAGCUCCAAGCAGGGCUCGCCAUCGGCCUCGACACGCACCAAGGGCGUGCCGCCGAGCUUUGGCUAUGUGAAGCGUGCAAAUGGCAGCAUCACGGCCACGGCAGAGCAACAGAACAUAGCGAUGCUCAUGGCGGCGACCUCAGGCAUGGUCAAUGGCUUGGCCUGUGGACGCACGGCGCAUGUUUCGGCUGUGCCACGCACGGCAAGUGGCAGAAAAGUGGCGGGCGGAACGCAAACGUUGCCCAACGAUAUGAACAAGCAGCCAGCGAACACACAACAUCGCAGCUUCUCCUUGACGGGCUCCACCGCCAAUCAGCUGAGCCAAUCGAUACGCGAACGCUUGGCCACAGGUUCGCAUAGUUUGCCCAAGCCCAGCAGCGAUUUGCAGCUGUUUCAACACAGAAUCAGCACACGCGCUGGCGCUACGCGGCACGACGGCUCGUUGUCGGAUACGCAAACUUAUGCUGAGGUUAAACCUGAAUAUAGCUCAUACGCCAUGUGGCUAAAGCAUAGCAAUACCGCUGGCAGUCGUUUAUCUGAUGGCGAUGCCAUUGAACAGUUGCAAAUUGGUUCGCCGGCAAUGACGCGGCAUGGCCACAAAAUGUUGCACAAUCGGCCAAGUGGCCAGCUCCCGAACCAAAUGCAAGGCAAUGAGUCGCCCUAUGUGCAAAGUCCGCGCAUGAAUCGCAGCAAUAGCAUCAGCUACUUGAGAGAAAGGACAUAUCCAAGAUCAACCAAAUCGGAGAAAAUGUAUCCCUCGAUGCUGAGCCGUGGUGGCGAUGUGGAAAUCGAGCCCUACUAUUGCCUGCCCGUGGGCACCAACGGAGUGCUCAGUGCUCAAAUGGCCGCCGCUGUAGCUCAGGCCCAAGCGCAGGCUGCCGCCCAGGCUGGGAGUGCUGGCAAUGCGGCGAGUGGCUCUGUGGCCUGGAGUCAGCCUACCUCGCCGACUCCCAUCAAUCGCGGUCCCUUUGCGUCCGCAGCUGCAGCAGCAGCCGCCGCCGCAGCAGUGCUGUCACCCACACACGGCUCUGCCGCAGCGGCCUUGGCUGCGGUGGCGGCGGCUGCGGCUGGCCAUGGACAUGCGAGUGCCAGCAGCACACAUCGACUGACAUAUCCGAAGAAGAAUGAUGAAGUACACGGCAGUGCAGCGUCGCUGCUGUCAGGCGGCAGCUCCUUGUAUGGCUCGGCCGAGGAACGGCAGGCGCAUGAGAUACGACGAUUGAAGCGCGAACUGCAGGAUGCCAGGGAGCAGGUGCUCAGCCUGAGCAGCCAGCUGUCAACCAAUGCACAUGUGGUGUCGGCCUUUGAGCAGUCGCUCUCGAACAUGACGAAUCGGCUGCAGCAGCUGACGGCGACCGCUGAGCGCAAGGAUGGAGAACUCACAGAUAUGCGUCAGACGAUCGAGCUGCUGCGCAAGCAGUCGAUCCAGGCGGGUCUGACCACGGCUCACAUGCAGAGCAUGGGGGUGCAAACUCAAGGGCAGACGCAGAACGAGCUGCUGCAACAGAAGCCAGCCAAUGGCGCCGAAUGCACGAGCCUGCCAGCAAUGGGCAAUGUGAGUGGCUUGGGUGUGGGUCUGGGCAUGCAGCGCCAACAUAGCACCGACUCCAUGUGCUCACUGAAUUCCAUAAGCUCGGGCUGCUCGGCGGCGCAGGACAAGAACAAGGCCAACAAGAAGAAGGGCUGGCUGCGCAGCAGUUUCACCAAAGCGUUUUCGCGCAACGCCAAGAUCUCGAAGACUAGUCGCCACGUGGGCCAGCAUCAUGAGCAUCAUGGCGUGGGCAAGGCCACAGCACUGCACAAUGGACAUGGCGCACAUGGCGAGCCCUUGGGCUUGGCUGCUUUGGCUACGCAGCCGGCGCCGCCGCUGCCCUGCAGCAAGCAGAGCAGUCCGGCCAAGACGGUCACUCUGAUAGACAAUGCCAAGCCCAUAGAUGCCAUAGACCAGGAGCAGGAUCAGCAGGUGGUCGAAGAGCUAAAGAAGCAGCUGCGCGAAAAGGAGCUCGUGCUGACCGAUAUACGCCUGGAGGCCUUGAGCAGCGCCUCGCAGCUGGAGAGCCUCAAGGAUAUGAUGAACAAAAUGCGCUCCGAGAUGGCCUCGCUCAAGCAGAACAACGAGCGUCUACAGAAGUUGGUCACCAGUCGCAGCUUGGCAGGCUCCGAGGUGAGUCUGGGACAGGCCAUAAGUCCCAAUGGUUCGCUAGCUGGCGGCGCCUGCAGCUCAUCCGAAGCUUCGCGGCGCUACUCUUUGGCUGAUGGCAAUGCCAGGCCGCCCAUGGAGCUGCCGCCGCGUCUGAGCGAAGAGCUGGAGGAGGAGUGCAUGCCGCCGGCACCAGCGCCAGAGCCACCACCACCGCCAGCGCCUUCGACCAAUGUGCCGCUCAGUCCCAGCACGCACAUCGAUCUGACGCCACCGCCUCCUGCGCUGGAGGGCAGCAGCCCUGUGCACAUGCCCAGCGCUGUGGAGGAGCUGCCCGAUGUGUGUGAUGGCAAGAAGAUUGCCAUUGCCUGCUACUUGGGUCAGCCCGAGUCGUUUGCCAAGUACUGCGAGGAGCUGCUGGAGCUGGACGACUUCUAUGCCAAUGGCGUUAUCAUAGCUAACCACGAGGCGGAGCAGCCGCCACAGCCAAGCGAGCGCUCCUCUUCUGGCAAUGAGUUCAUCAUUGCCUGCACUUACAUCUCGGGCAAGACCACUUGGCAGAAUCUGGACUAUAUAGUGCGCAAGACCUUUAAGGAUUAUGUGGCACGCAUUGAUCCCGGCACCAAUCUGGGCUUGAACACCGAUUCCAUUACUUCAUACCAUCUGGGCGAGGCCAAGCGUGGCCCCGAAAUGGGCUUCCCGGAGCUGCUGCCCUGCGGCUACAUUGUGGGCAAUGUCAAGACGCUUUACAUUUGCCUCCAAGGUGUGGGCAGUCUGGCCUUCGAUAGUCUCAUUCCGCGCAGCAUUGUGCAUCGCUACAUCAGUCUGCUCACCGAGCAUCGUCGCCUCAUACUCUGCGGUCCCAGCGGCACCGGCAAGUCCUAUCUGGCGCGUCGCCUAGCCGAGUUCCUCGUUGCACGCGCAGCACGCGGCAAUCCCUCGGAGGCCAUAGCCACGUUCAACGUGGACCACAAAUCCUCCAAGGAUCUGCGUCAGUAUCUUGGUCACAUUGCUGAGCAGGCGGCCAUUGCCAACGGCGCAUCGGAGCUGCCAUCUGUGAUUAUCUUAGACAAUUUGCAUCAUGCCUCUGCGCUGGGCGAUGUCUUCUCAUGCUUGUCCAGCGCCGGGCCAGCCACCAAGCUGCCCUGCAUCAUUGGCACCAUGUCGCAGGCCACCUGCAACACCACCAAUCUCCAGCUGCACCACAAUUUCCGUUGGGUGCUCACGGCUAAUCACAUGGAACCCGUCAAGGGCUUCCUCGGUCGCUUCUUGCGUCGUCGUCUCUUUCAGCUGGAGCUGCAGGCUCAGCACUCACAGCCGGAACUGGCCACGGUGUUGGCUUGGCUGCCUUCAGUUUGGCAGCAUAUCAAUCGAUUUCUGGAGGUGCACAGCUCCAGUGAUGUAACCAUAGGACCGCGUCUGUUUCUCUCCUGUCCGCUGGACUUGAAGGACUCGCAAGUCUGGUUCACUGACAUCUGGAACUAUCACUUGUCCCCAUAUUUGAUUGAGGCAGUGCGCGAGGGCGUGCAGCUUUAUGGGCGUCGUGGCGGCGCCUGGAACGAUCCUUCAGCCUUUAUACGUAAUUCAUAUCCUUGGCCAUAUGGUCCGGAUUCAGUGCCGCCACUGCGUUCAAUUAAUGCAGAAGACGUUGGUCUCGAGGGCGUGGCACUGAGCAAUGGUGAGCAACAGGAUCCUUUGCUCAAUAUGCUUAUGCGUCUGCAGGAGGCGGCCAACUACUCGGAGACACAGGAACAGGAGUCUGACUGCGCCAGCAUUGACUCCAAUAUCACGCCGGAUAGCUCGGCGGGCGCGGAGUAACUCGCUCUGCUCUACAAAUAACUUCUUACAUGCCAAAUUUUAGGCGCUGCUGAGCUUAGUUUUAACCAAAUAUACGGGGGCCUUAGCCACAAAUCCACACUACUGCCACAAAUGAUAUUUCUUGCACUACUUUCGCGACCGAGUUCAAAAGCAGUCCUAAGAGAUUCACCAUUUGCACCACCCACCCAUCAAUUUACUCCUCCAUCUCUUCCUUCCACUCACCACUCACGUAGAAUUGCACUUUUUAGCGCACUUGUUAAAAAUGCAUAUUGCAAAACACCAAAAGAGAAUCACAAAAAGAAUCAUAUGAAGCAUCAUCUCUAUUUCCUAUUCCCUGGCAGCCCCUAGCGCUCAGUUUUAGCCCUAUCUAAGUAAAGCAAACUCAUUAAGAAAUCAACAUUAAAUGUUUAACCAUUUUUUUGUACAUAUAAAAACCAAAAAAUUCCCAUAAAUGUUUAUAUUUAAGCAACUCUAUGGCGAUAUCGACUUUUUAUACCCUAGCCCAAAAACGAUAUAUGGUAUGAGUAAUUGAAAAAAGAAGAAAAAGAAAAGAAAAACUAUUGUAAAUGUAGCCCUAAGUUUUUGCUACUACCAAUUUACAAGAUGUACAUUUAAAGGAAAAAGCUUUCACUUUAGUUUAAUUAUUUGCAUAAUUAUCAUUAAAUAUUGUUACAAUUCUAUUGCAUAUUUAUAAAUGAAAUAACUUUAUUAUACAUAAUACUAUUUAAACAAUUUAUUAUGCCAUACAGCGCUUACCACAGCAGCAUAUAUGCAUACGUAAUGUCCCCCCCUCAUAACAAAAUAGUAAAAUUAACCAGCACACUAACUCUGCAAUAAAUAAAGGAACGAGCAAGCAAAAGAACAACAAUAAACAACAAACUAACAGCUAAAUAUACAUAUAUUAUAUACAAUAUACUAAAUUAUGUGUCCUGUCUCUGUCUAAUUUAAAUGUGUACAUUCAUGAGAAAUGAAAUCAAAUCAAAAUAAA